CUCAAUGGAGGAAAGAUGCUGCCUUCUUUCCAGGAGUCCGUGGACGGGGAUGAUAGGGAACUGGAGAGCAGCGAGGAGGGGGGUGGCCUUUCGGACGAGCGGAAACUGGAGCGCAGCAACAACAGCUACUACUGUCUGUACGGCUAUCAGAGCUGCAGAUUGCAGCAGGGAGUAGACAGUGAUGAUGGCAGUCCAUGUAGUGCAGCAGCGGAAACACCCUCUUCGGAUGAUUUCAGCCUCUCUUUGGUGGACACUAACUUACCAGCUGAAGCAGAGGCAGAAUUGCGCAGUUUUAUUGCCAGACAUCUUGCCAAGGGAGCCUUUUUUGAAGGGAUGGGCAACAUUGCAUCUGUAGAGCUGAGUAUACCAGAAAGCCAAGUUGGUUGUUAUUACUGCCUGCUCGAGCCAGAAAAACAUGCAGAAAUGGCAAGCUCAGAAUCAAGUAUCUGUUCCUUAGACUACGUUGUCUGCUUUUUGGGAGGCUCAGAGAAGGGGCUUGAACUAUUCAGACAUGAGCUGGACAGGUACACGCAAGACUUGAAGAUUAACCUUGAUGCGAAGCCAGAUGAUCUGGAGACGUGUGUUCAACCCCUUCUUAGACCUUGGUUUGAGGACUCUGUGUGCCCUAUUCAGAGGGUAGUACAGCUCUUUCAGGAGAAACUUGCCUUUGUGUUACAUGCUGCUCUGAGUUACACUUCAGUGGAAGUCAAAGAGUCAGACGAAAGGACAAAGAAGGACAUCAACAGUUUCCUUAGAGCUGCAAGCCUUCAAGGUCUUGUUCAGGAAGCCACAAUGACAUCGUUGUGCAUGGCAAUGAACGAGGAACAGUGCAAAUCCGUGGUCGUAGACUGUAGUGGGCCACAGCCUCAGUUCCACAAUGCAGGCAGUAACAAAUUUUGUGAAGAAUGGACACAAGUGUUUCUGAAUGGUUCUGAAGGGGGAAACCCAUUUCUCUUCCGGCAAAUAUUGGAGAACUUUAAAUUGAAGGCCAUACAAGACAUCAACAAUCUGAAGCGGUUCAUCCAGCAGGCAGAGAUGAACCAUUAUGCUUUGUUCAAGUGCUACUUGUUUCUGAAGAACUGUGGGAGUGGAGAUGUCCUCUUGAAGAUUGUAAAAGUGGAACACGCAGAAAUGCAAGAAGCCAAAAAUGUAAUCACUGUCCUUGAGGAGUUUAUGAGAGAGUCAGCUGUAGCCUAGUUCCACUUCCUUUAAUUUAGGGCUAUGUAUAUAUUACAGAAUUAAGGUGCACCUGGGUGUAAUGUGCAUGAAGGAAGACUCCCCUUUUUAGCCACAUGUGCACAGUGGGGCUGUAGUUUCCCACAUGUGCAUCCACGUGGUCAAGAAAAGGCAUGCUUUUCUCUUGCACUUCAGAGGGCAUACCUAGUCUACCCACGCGUCGUGUCUAUAUGUUGUAUUAGCCUAUUUUCAUAACACUGGAAAUGGCUUUUAGUUGAAGACUGAACAGAAGUAGCAUUCUUACCAUGAAGCAGAAUUCGGUGUUGUAUACAUUUGUACUUGAAAACUUUGGAUAACAAAGCAACACUUAACAUUUCCUUUAUUUUCAAAACAAAAAAAAAGGCAGCAUGGUUUGGGUUUAAUCUGUAAACAUUUCAUUUUGCACAAGCUCUUCCAAUUAAGUUUCAGAUCUUGCUACGUGAAAAUUCCUGUUCUUUUUGUGGUGGGGGAUGCCGGACAGGCUAUAUGCUGGUUGCAUUUUCCAUAA